AUGCUGCACGAGGCGGCGCCAUGCACGUGCGGGAUGCUCUACGGCAGCUGCGGCGGCGGCUGCUCCAUGCUGCAGUUCGGCGACCACCACCACUACUACGGCAAGCAAUGCGGCGACCAGCAGGGCUUCGGCGUCCCCUACGGCGGCUCCGUCGACUGCACGCUCUCGCUCGGCACACCCUCCACCAGGCGCGCCGCCGAGGCCGGUGGGGCUCGUGCGCCGGCGGCACCCGCAGGGCUUCCGUGGGAGGCGGUGUCCACCUGCAACGGCGGGCAGCAGCAGCUCCUCAGCGCGGCGCGCGCGGACCAGGCCACUUCCGGCGGCGCUCGCCGGUGCGCCAACUGCGACACCACCUCCACCCCGCUCUGGAGGAACGGCCCACGCGGACCAAAGUCGCUGUGCAACGCGUGCGGAAUCCGUUACAAGAAGGAGGAGCGGCGCGCGGCCGCCGCCGCGGUGGCGCCGACGGCGAUGGCAUCAGACAGCGGCAUGGAAUACGCGUACGGGUACGCGCGGCAGCAGCAUCAGACGCAGCCGCAGCAGUGGGGCUGCUACAACCCGGCCGUGGCCAAGGCGGCGUCCUACACGAUGUUCGGCGACGCGGCGCAGGAGGACGGGCCGUGCCUGCCGUGGGGGCUCGGCGUCAUGCCCUCCUCGCCGGCGUUCGGCUCCGUCCGGGAGAUGACCAGCCUCUUCCACUACUACUAG